AAAACAUUUAUCCAAAGAAGUAUUUCUGGGAAAAUUUCAAAAACUUAAAACACUUCGUAUAGUACAGACAGGGAUGGAGUCAAUUAUGUUGAAUUUGAUUGACUUUGACAGAUCCGACAGCAGUAUUGUCGAUAUGAUCGACUUUGACAGCAAUCGUAUCCGAAGUCUGAUCAGACAUUCCAUUAAAGUUAAGGCAGAUAUCGUUAAUAUAGAUCACAAUGCAUUGGAAGUGGUAUAUAAUCAAGCAUUUUAUGGAUCGCGUAUAAGAAAAUUGAGUCUAAAGGGAAACAAGCACCUGGCUAAUUUACAUGACGGUGCUUUCCAGGGUAUACUAGAGUUUCGUGAACUUGACCUAUCGGAGACAUCCAUAAGCAAAUUGCCAACACUGGCUAUGGAUACACUGGAAACCCUGAAACUGCAAAACGUAUUCACAAUGAAAGAGAUACCGUCGAUAGUUAAUUUCAAGCAUAUUAAAAAAGCCUACCUAACCUAUCCGUACCAUUGUUGUGCAUUCAAAUUUCCGGCCACCCAUAAGCCCAAAGAGUUUGCCAAACUGGCCAACCUAUGGGAGUUUAAUAGUAGGAUAUGUCCGCCGACUACAGGCACCGGCAGCUCACAAACACCUAACUCAGUGGUUGCCUUAUAUCGGGCAACAAAACACAAGGCCUGGAUGUUUGCCGACAAAAUAAUCAAAUUGUUUGCCACUGAGGACGACCUACUACUGCAUGGUGGGGGUGGUAUUGGUGGCGGUGAUAGUGAUGGUGAUGAUGAUGACCAUAACAAUCAUCAUCAGCAGCAGCAACCGUAUGACACCAGUGGUAGUGGUGGCGGAGGUGACAAUACAUUUCCCGGCCAAUGGGGUCAACUAAAAAGUCACGGCUCAUGGAGUCCCGAUGGUCGCAAUUUAAGCGUUUUCGGUGAUAUUGUCUACAAUGUGACCACUGGUGGCGGUGGUGGCGGCAGUGGCGGCCAACCAACGUUUGACUAUCAAUCACUACAACAGGACGGACCUACCUAUCCAUCAUCAACCAGUACUACCACAACCACUAGCACUAGUAGUAGUAGUAAUACAUAUGUGAUGAUCACUACUACUAAUGGGCCGACAGUUAGGCCAGGUUUUGGUGAGAUAUUUAAAGUGGAUGACAAUAGUAACAACAACAACAACCAAAAUAACAGGCCAUCAUUCAAUGGUGAAACAGUAACCAUGGAUAAUAUGCCCGGCCAUUUUGUACCAGUGCCCGAUAAUAAUAGGACUAAUCCGCCAAUUCCAGUACUAUGCGGUCCAAUAUAUGUCAACUAUCAUAAGGUCGAGUGUUUUCCGAUGCCCGACGCCUUCAACCCGUGUGAGGACGUUAUGGGCAAUGCCUUCCUCCGGAUAUUGGUAUGGCUUGUAGUGAUUGCAGCCGUUUUGGGCAAUACAGCCGUUAUGAUUGUACUCAUGAGUGGUCGUUUUGGUUUCAAUGUAAGCAAAUUUUUGAUGAUUAAUCUGGCGAUCGCCGACUUAAUGAUGGGCAUCUACCUGUUCAUCAUAGCUGUAGUAGAUUUGCAUACUGUGGGCCAGUAUUUCAAUUAUGCCAUCGACUGGCAACACGGUAUGGGCUGUAAGAUAGCCGGAUUUAUAACUGUAUUUGCCAGCGAACUGUCCAUAUUUACCCUAACGGUUAUAACACUGGAACGUUGGUUUGCCAUAACGUUUGCCAUACAAUUGAAUAAACGAUUGAAACUAGGGUUGGCUGUGAAAGUGAUGAUUGGUGGCUGGCUGUAUGCCAUACUGAUGGCAUCCAUGCCCCUCAUGGGUAUAUCCACAUAUUCAAAGACAUCCAUAUGUUUGCCAAUGGAAAACCGUUAUCCGGGUGGUGUGGCCUAUUUGCUGGCAUUGCUUACAAUCAAUGGACUGGCCUUUGUAUUGAUAUCGGCCUGUUAUGCAAAGAUGUACUGUUCAAUUGUCAGCCAACAGACCAGAGCCACCCUAAACGAUAUGACUAUUGCCAAACGUAUGGCACUGUUGGUGUUCACCGAUUUUGUUUGUUGGGCACCGAUAGCUUUUUUCGGCCUGACAGCCAUUGCCGGCUAUCCGCUGAUAGACGUUACCAAAUCCAAGUUUCUGUUGGUAACGUUUUACCCGUUGAACUCCUGUGCCAAUCCGUUCCUCUAUGCCAUACUGACCAAACAGUAUCGCCGCGAUUUUUUCAUACUGGUCAGCCGCUACGGUUUCUGUACAAAACGGGCCAUGAAAUACAAAAAUGCUUCAUCGCAUGGCGGCGGCGGCGGCGCCGGCCAGAUUCGGGUACAUACUGUCCGCAGUAAUAACGCGGCCCUAACAGCUUCAAUAUUGAGUCAGAUGUCGUGUGAUGGUUGCCAUCAUCAUCAUCAUCAUAACCAUCAGCACAGUCAUCAUCACCCGAAACACCAUUUCAAGUAUGUAUGCAGUAAAGGACACAGACAUCACUUUUGUUGUCCACAACUGCCUACAACCGGCUGCGGUGGUGUUGUUGUCGAUGACCUAUCGUCCAGAAGUGUCCAAAGUAUUGUCUAUCCGGAGCUGUCCGGCGGCGGCUGUGGCGGCGGCGGUAGUAGUGGUUGUCGAUCCAUAACAAACAAUAGCCAUUCAAACGACUCGACCCACGAGAUUGUCCGGAUCAAGAAAAGUAGUAGUAGUGGUGGCGGUAGUGGUGGUAAUCAUUAUAAAAAUAAUGGCAAUUUAACUGAUCCAAGCAAUGGUAAGAAGAAAAAACAAAAGAAAAAACAGAAACAACAACUACAACAACGAAGAAAGCAUUCAUUGGAGUUCAUGUCCUCGGAGGACAACGAUGACGACGAAAGCACCAGCAGUCAGAUGAACCGGAGCACCACUAGCUAUUCGUCGCCCUAUCCGACCCGCAAACACCAGACCAAACUCAAUAGGUUGCCAUCGGUCGAGCAAAAGGAAAUACUGGCCCGUGUUUUACGUGAAAAAGAUACGUCAAAAACGACAACAAAAAACACUACCUCAUCAUCGACGGGCUGUCCUACCAGUACUACUAGCAGCCAACACAACAACAACAACAACAGGAGGUGCAGGUGCUGUGCCCAUGAAAAUCAACGGCAAACCAACAGYAGUCGCCGAUUGCCGGCCAUGUGUUCCGUUUGUAUAUCACGAUCGGCCGACAGUUCAUCAUCGGGUGGUUGCAGUGGUGUCGGUGGUGUCGACAGCAGUAAUAAAUCGGUUGUCGAUUACGAUACAAAUCUGAUGCGUUGGACAACAACUACAACAACGACAACGGCAGCUAAAACACCGAUACAGUCGUCGUCAAAGUGUAGCACCUGUACCCUAAUAGCAGCCGGCGGUGGUAGUAACUGUGCUUCGGCUGUACCGUUGUGUCCAUCGGACAGUUGUGUUUCGGUAACCGGAUGUGGAGGUGGAGGUGGAGGUGGAGGAGCUAUGCAGACAUACAGUUGYUGCGAAAAUCCCAGUUAUAUUAUGAGCAGCCAUUCAAACAGUAACAAUGAGGACACAGAGAUUUAA